CCCUCUUUCUCUUCAAAGCAAAAGCCUACCAAAGUUCCGAAGCUCUUUCAAAAUCCUAAACCCCUCCCCCCAAAAGGAGCAAUGGCAAAAGGCAGCAGUAAGCUAACGAAGCUCAAGUCAGUUCUCAAGAAGCUAAACUCAUUCAACAACAAGCAAAGCCGCCCGACGUCAAGCUCUGUAGUGGCGGCCUCGGACAUCGACGACCAGUCAUCAGCCAAUCUCCAGCCUGUCUACGUGGGAAAAUCUCGGAGGCGGUACCUUAUUAGCUCCGACAUUAUCGACAACCCUUUGUUUCGGGAGCUCGCGGAACGGUCGGGCGAGAACGACACCAUCAACGUGUCGUGUGAGGUUGUCUUGUUCGAACACUUGCUCUGGAUGCUUGAAAACGCUGAUCCUCAGCCUGAGUCUUUGGAGGAGCUCGUCGAGUUUUACGCUUGUUAAUUUGUAUUUUGGAGGAAAGAAAUGUUCCCUUGUGGUCAUUCACAUGGUACCAAAGUUGUACAUUAUGUAAUGAUAAUAAUGUGAUUAGGCCGUGUAGCGGAAACCACAAAAUGAUUGUAGAGGGAAAAAGGGGACAGCGCUGAUGAGAGAGAGGCAGUUAAUUUCAACGGUGAGGAUUUAACCGAUUUCACGCCGGCUAGUCUGUAAGCCUGGUGGGUGAUUAUAUUUGUGCAUCAAUGUUGUUCAUUGUCAUUUUUUUUAUAAUUAUAUAUAUAAGAGAUUAAUGUUCAUUUAUCCUA